AUGCGCGGCGUGGCCAUCGCCUUUGCGCUUCUGAUUUCUGGGGUCAGCUGCUUGUCGCUGAAGGAGGGCGACUUCAUCCACGACUUCCUCGCCAAGUACAAGGACCCGCAGAUACAGCCGUGCGACGACUUUUACCGUCAUGUGUGCCCCCGAGGCGUCGACCCCAACGAAACCCCUGCCGGGGCUGCGGUGCUCCACUUCGACGAGCUUGCCCGGCCGCUGGUGGCUUCGCGUGCAGAGGGUCUGCAGCAUGUCGAGCAACACCCGAAGGACGCGUAUGGCAUGGUGUUGGAGCAGGUGACGAAGAACUACCAGCGAGCCGUCGAGGAGGCGCUUAGGGGUUGGGCAUCCGUCCAGAACAUGCUGAAGGUGGCCGGACUGAUCCAAAAUGGCCAACAAUUCGUGCAAGGGCUCGACGCAAAUAAGCUGCAGUCGACGGCCGGGGCGUUGCGGACGAGGAUUCUGAGCGGAUUGAAAGACGCCAAAUUGAAGCAGAAGUUCAAGGAUGACCGCGUGCACGGCAACUGGACGGCAAUUUUGGAUAAAGCCCAAUUCCAACUUGGCGUCGGCGACAUGAGCGCGGCGGAUCAGCUGCUGGACACGUACGACGGGGCCGACUGGGCCUACAAACAAUACCUGGCUGACACGAAGAGCCCGCCGUUUGGCAACGGUGACGACGUGGCGGCCCGAUUCGACGAGUUCAUCAUGUUCUACGACACGACGAUCAGCCCCCGUCUCGCCCCGCAUGUCAAGCGCUUCUUCCAGCUGCUGGCCGGCUUCGACACCGUGACGUCGCACUACGACAACAAAACGGUCGUCGUCCCGCCGGCUGUGCUCGCCACCCUCUACGCCAAUCCGAAGCACCAUGCUGCUUCUUUUUAUGCCAUUUUCGCCACCGAAACCGCCAAGGAGGUGCUAAAGAUGCUGUUCAAGUCGGUGGACAGCACGCAGAAGGGAUAUCUAGACGGGCAGCCGCUCCACUUCCGCGAAUGUAUGCGCCACUACUUCAGGGAGGCCUGCAUUCUCUGGCGCGCCGACUGCGCCUGCACCCGGUACGUUCCUGAGGGCCAAAGCAUGUCCUUGUCUUCAAAAUGCCCCUACAUCUCGACCAGCGGCACCUUCGAGUACAUGGCGUGGAAGGAGGCGCUGCGCCUCGCUUGGGAGCUGUUCGAGAAGGAGAAGCCGGGAGCGGCCGAGGACGUCUACCCGGAUCUGAAAAUCAACAGCCACCAGCUCUUCUACUACUCCCACGCUGUCAACCACUGCCUCGCCUUCCCUAUCAGCCUUGAAGUUGGAGCAGGCCGCACGGCGAAGGGCAUCGGCCGUGGGCUGAAGAUAAACGCUGCGAUCGGGGCCGACCCCAACUUUGCCAAGGCGUUCAACUGCAAGCCUAGGGACAAAAUGGCGCAGUCCGGCCGUUGCCCGUUCUUCUUCGACGACAAGCUC